AUGGGUGAGAAGGCCUCUAAAUGCCUUGUUUGUAGUAAGAGUUCUGUGCACAGUUGGAAUCUGCUGCGGCACCAGCACAGUCACAAAGUCCGGAAACCUGAUGCUUGGUGGGGUCGCCGUCGCGCCGUCAUUCGCUUCCCUGUGUCCCCCGGCAAGACGCGCGUCGGGGCGCGGAAGGGGACGGGUCGGGGCAGUAUUUGGGGGAAGCGAGAGGCAAGCAGGGCGGGCCGGAUAUGGAGCGCCCUAUGGCUUGAAGCUAGGGAGGACGCCCGAGACCCCGGCAUCCUAGUCCUGGGGUGUGGGCCCCGGACGCCCGGCCUGGACGCCUCCAGCUCCCAGGGUCCCUUGCGGGGACCACGUUUCCCCGCAGGCCCCGCGGCGGCCGGGUCCUCGCCGCGUCCCCUUCCCGGAGCUACGUGCCUGGCUGCGUUCCGAUACGCCGUGUCCCUCGGGGGCGGCUCGCGGGGCAGGGGCACUCCCAGCUCGGCCGCACGCCCAAGUGCCAUGCGGGAGGUACGCGGGCACGGGACCUCACCGGACUGUGAGCUACUGGCCACCGGAAGCCUGAGUCCGGCAGAGGCCCCACAGCUGCGCCGAGUGCGGCAAGAGGCUCCCACGCAGUUACUCCCUGAGCGGUCAUCUCCAAAGCCGUGCUCGCCAGAAGCCUUUCCCCUGCCCUGGCUGUGGAAAGCGUUUCAGCCAGAGCUCCGACCUGCUGCAGCACCGUCAGAUUCACCUGGGCCGUCAGCCCUGCAAGUGCGGGGCCUGCGGGAGGGGUUUUACUCAGAGUGCAUCCCUCCUCCAGCACCAGUGGGUCCACAGCGACUGGCGAGAGGCCUUGUCGCUGUCCCCAGUGCGGCAAGACCUGCUGUGUCCGCUCCAACUUCAUCAAGCACCAGCGAGUCCACUCAGGAGAAGCCAUUCGUCUGCGGGGAGUGCGGCAAGGGCUUAGCUGCCAGCUCUGCUGCUGGCUUGGCCAAAGCCCUGCGUCUGUCCCCAGGGCCAGCAAGUUUUUGGGGACCGUCUCCAGUCUCUGGUUCCACCCAGCCUUCCCCAGAUUCCUCCUCGCGCCCCAUCUCGUCUCCUUCACUCAUCGCCCACGUUCCCCAGCAUGGAGCAGCCCGCUCUCAGCCCUCCUCCACUCACCCCUUCCAGAUCCCCUGCAAAGCCCAGAUGCGAAUCCGCCCUGCGUGGGGAACUAGGGGCAGCCGUGUCCGCCAGAUUUUUCCUGCUCCGGGUGCGGGAAGCUUUUCCCACACCGGCACACCCACGCCGGGGAGCAGCCUUGCCUCUGUUGCACCCAGAGUUCCUCCUCGGUCCAGCGCAGGGAGACCCACUCCGCCGAAAAGCCACACCUGUGUGCGGAGGGCGGCCGCGGCUGCCCAGCACGUGCACCUGGCCAAGCCCCAGCGCGUGCACCCCGGGAGCAGCCGUUCCCUGCCCGCAGUGCCUGCAGUGCCUCCGGGAGGCGUGGAAGUUGCCCAGGUUCCGCCAACCACCCAGCCGGCAGCUCAGCAGGAGUGGGCAAAGGGGCCCAGAAGCUGUGCGAGUGCGGGACGGGACUCGCGGGAGGCGGUUCAGGCCCGAGGCUACCCUGAGCCAACCCGGGAGGCCUCGCAGCACAAAACGGCCCGACCGCUCUGCCAGGCCGGAGCCAGGCUUCGGCGACAGUGGCAAGCUCCUCCGCCGCCCUCAAACCCACACUGGAGAGGAGCCCUACCAGUGUUUCCGGUGUGGAAGGCCUCCAGCCGGAGGUCCAACCUGGCCCAACACUGUAGAACUAGCGCGCUGCAGCCCCGGGUGGACUGUGGAUCUGAGAUGCAGUCCCCUCCCUCCACACAGACCGGCUCAGGACGGCUUUUCUGUACCGCAGAUCUUUCUCAAAAGUGCUGGGGGCUAUUUUGUAUGUUCGUUUUUUUGUUUUCCCCUGAAUUCUCGCUCCUUGUGCAUUAAGGGAUUUAGGCAGGUGAGGCUGAGGGCGGUGACUCACGCCUGUAAUCCCAGCACUUUAGGAGACCGAGGUGGGAGGAUCACGUGAACCCAAAGAAUUUGAGACCAGCCUGGGCAACAUAGCAAGACUG